AUGAACGAGAAGCUAGAACGUGAAAAGGAAUACUUGGCACGGAAGCAUGAGCUGCUUCGCCAGCAGGAUGAAGAUGCGGCAAGCAUACAGAGCAGCAGAAGCGGUCGAAGCCAAGCAAGUAGUCGGCAGAAAGUGGAGGCCUGGUUCAACCAACAGCUGAUGUCCGUCGACUCGUCGGAUAAUGCUUCAAACCAGCGACAAAAACUCUCAGGCCAAACGGCAGGACCAGUAGGUUCGUCCACUCCUAUGGAAACCAGCAGAAUCAUCGAUGAAGGCCUUCUGCGAGCGCAUUCCGACACUAAACAGAAUGUUGGCUCGAUUCCUCGUACUACAGACAGUAUUUCGAUCGGAGAUAGCCCGGGUGUCGAAGACGAUGUAAAUCCACCGAACGCUGCGAAGCAGUCGAAGGUACAGAGCCUGCCGCUAGUAAACAUCCAACCCUACGUUAAAAUUCUGGACGAGGCUAACCCUAUGACCUCCGAGACCGCCCUGACGAAUACAGGCUAUCCACCGAGAAUCAUUCCAAAGCUGAUGGGAAACCCUUUACCGUACACGGCAUGGCAACGGGAAACGAGUGAGAUGCGGAAGCAGCAUUUACGUGAACACCAAUGCCCUGAAAGAGAGGCAGAGUUGCGGCAAAGUGAGCAACGGGAACAGGAAUUGAUCCACCUUUUGAAGCGAUCGGAGGAACAGCGUGAGCAGGACAGGCAACGUCUGCAAGAAAUCGAGGAAAUACUGAAGAAACAACAUGAUGUCGAAGCACAGCAUCAGAAGGAGAACUACGUUCGAAGGAGGCGAGAAUUGGAGUUGGUCAACCGACUGAAGCUUUUCGAGCAGGAGUAUGCCCAGGAGAAAGCGAAGCGGGACGAGGAAAAACAAAAAUAUCUUGCUAAAGAACAACAGUUAAUCGAACAGUUGGAGAAUCUGCGCCUUAGUUGCGAGCAAUAUCCAGCGGCGGAACAGCACCCAGCGGCCGAGCAGAAUUCAGUUGCGGAAAGGUGCUCAGCAGCUGAACAGCGCCCAGCGGCGGAUCAAAGCUCUGAUGCGGAACAUCACCCAGCGACGACCAAGCGUACACCGACGGAAAGUCUUGGGAACAUCUCAGGAAUAAUUCAGCGAGGCGUAGCAGUAAGUACUAACCCACCAACGGCUGCGCCGGUUCUGGGUCCGACUUCACAACAACUGGCCGCAAGACAAGUCAUUUCUAGAGAGCUUCCGGUAUUCAGUGGUGACCCCAUCGAAUGGCCACUUUUCAUUAGUAGCUACAAUCAUUCCACAGCGGCGUGUGGCUACACCGAGUCUGAAAAUCUGCUACGGUUGCAAAGAUCGUUGAAGGGAGUCGCCAAGGACGCUGUCAGCAGUUUUCUCCUGCAUCCGUCUACAGUGCAGCAAGUUCUAUCAACGCUUCAGACGCUGUACGGAAGACCGGAGCAGAUUGUGCACAACCUUGUCGUCAAAGUUCGAGCUACACCCGCCCCCAAACCUGAGAGGCUGGAAACGUUGAUGCAGUUUGGAUUAACCGUGCAAAACUUGUGUGGUCACUUACAAGCGGUGGGGAUGGACAAUCACCUUUCUAACCCAAUCCUCCUACAAGAGCUAGUGGAUAAGCUGCCGGCGAAUAUCAAGUUUAACUGGGCGCUUCAUCAAGAGAAUCUGUCGGUAGUUGAUUUGAAAGCGUUCAGUGAAUAUAUGAGGAAAGUUACAGCUGCUACAAGCGGUGUUACGAGCUUUUCCUUCGCAGCGAAACCAACGAAAGACGAGAGACCUAGGGCUAAAGAUAAGGCGUUCGUGAACGCUCACGCGGCCCACGAACAAAAGGAUCCAGGUACAGCUGUCAACUCAUACGGAGAGAGGCGAGGGCAGAAUAAAAGCGGCAAAUACCGAUCAGGCGAUGCAACAAAUAGCUGUCCUGCGUGCGGCGCUCACGACCACACAGCAGCAAGCUGUGGGGCUUUCAAAAAGCUUUCGAUAGACGGACGGUGGAACUUCGUCAAGGAUAACAAACUGUGCCGUCGCUGUCUCGUAUCCCACACGCGCUGGCCAUGCGAAGGCGAGGUUUGUGGUAUCAAUAACUGCGAGAAACGUCAUCAUCGUUUACUGCACUCGGAGCCCAAGAAUCAGCCUGUUACCGAUGCCACUGUUACCAUCCACCGUCAGCCCGUAUCGUCGACGCUGUUCAAGAUUCUUCCGGUGACUUUGUACGGGAAAAGUGGAUCAGUGAACACGUUCGCUUUCCUAGACGACGGAUCGUCUGUCACAAUCAUUGAACAGACCAUAGCAGACAAACUAGGAGUAGACAGGCGACCGCAUUCUUUGUGCAUCCAUUGGACCAGUGGCAUAAAUAAGAAAAUUGCAACCAAGGAGCUAGAGGCGAUAAGAAUUUCGGAACCCGGAAGCAAUAUGCGCUUCAACCUGUCCGAAGUGUAUACCGUCGAAAACCUGGGACUACCGGAACAAUCGUUGGACGCUGUAGAGUUGUCGAAGGAGUUUUCCCAUUUGCGGCAUCUACCAGUCAGGAGUUAUCGAGGGGCCGUUCCUAGACUGCUGAUUGGAUUAAGCAACUCACAUCUGCUGACGACAACCAAGCUUCGAGAAGGCCAAGAGCGGGAACCAAUCGCUGCGAAGACUCGCAUUGGUUGGGUUGUAUGUGGCUGCUUAGGAGGAAGAGAUACAAAUUUCCAGCACAGGCAAAUGCACAUAUGCGCCGAAAAGUCAGAUCAAGAAUUGCACGAUUACGUGCGUGAGUUUUUCUCAGUGGAGAGUCUCGGAGUUGCCGUAGCUCCAAACUUGGAGGGAAUUGAAGAUCAGCGAGCGCGCAGGAUUCUUGAGGAAACAACAGUUCGGACAGUAAGCGGGAAGUUCGAGACCGGGCUGCUUUGGAAAAAUGAUGUCAUAGAGUUCCCAGACAGUCGACCCAUGUCGGAGCGUCGAUUGAGAUGCCUUGAAAAGCGAUUGGAGAAGGACCCAAAGCUAUAUGACAGCGUACGGCAACAGAUAGCGGACUACAAGUUGAAAGGCUACAUCCACGUAGUGACAGAAGAAGAAAUGACCGAGUUCGACCCACGGCGUACGUGGUACCUUCCGCUGGGAGUUGUGUUGAAUCCAAACAAGCCAGGAAAAGUGAGAGUUAUUUGGGAUGCGGCUGCGAAAGUGGAAGGAGUGUCUUUGAAUUCGGUGCUCCUCAAAGGGCCUGAUCUGUUGACUCCGCAGCUGAACGUGACCUUCAAAUUUCGAGAACGCGAAGUGGCGUUUUCCGGCGACAUCCAAGAAAUGUUCUUGCAAGUCGGAAUCAGGAAGGAGGAUCGAAGUGCGCUUCUGUUUGUCUUUCGUAAUUCACCUAGUGAACCUUUCGUAACCAUGGCGUCUGACGUUGCCAUCUUCGGUGCAACAUGUUCUCCUGCACAGUCACAGUACGUGAAGAAUCGCAACGCAACUGAGAACGAACGAGACCAUCCAAGGGCAGCGGAAGCUAUCAAAAACAAGCAUUAUGUCGACGACUAUUUGGAUAGCGUUGACACCGAAGAAGAGGCCGUCGAACUAGCGUUAGAGGUAGCUGAAGUCCACCGGAAAGCAGGUUUCCAUAUUCGAAACUGGGUAUCGAAUCGACCCUCGGUUCUGGAAGCUAUAGGGGAAGUGAAUCCAACUACGGUUAAAAGCCUAUCGAUGAACAACCAGAGUGGCUUCGAGAGAGUACUUGGAAUUACGUGGCUUCCUGACGAAGAUUUAUUUUGCUUCACAGUCAGCCUUCAAAACGGACUGGAAAGUAAGAUCGCACCAACGAAACGGGCAAUGCUGAGCUACGUGAUGAAGAUCUACGAUCCGUUGGGGCUAGUCGGUUCACUAGUAGUUCAAGGAAAGAUACUACUGCAAGACGUCUGGAGAGCGAAGGUGGGUUGGGACGAAAAUAUACCCGAGAACCUAUUCGCACGUUGGAAGCUGUGGUUGCAGUCUUUAAAGGAGCUGGACAACGUCCGAAUCCCUCGGAGCUACUUUCCGGGAUACGAUCCUGCUUGUUAUGAAGCCCUUGAGCUGCACAUAUUCGUGGAUGGAAGUGAGCAAGCGUAUUCAUCGGUAGCGUACUUCCGCGUGCAGGAUCGAGGACAGACACGCUGUGCACUAGUUGCGUCCAAAACGAAGGUAGCUCCUCUACAGCUAACUUCCGUACCACGAUUGGAGUUGCAGGCUGCAGUGAUUGGCGCUCGUCUACGCAAGACUAUUCAGGAUGGUCAUUCGGUACAGAUAAAACGCACAUUUUUCUGGACCGACUCAAGUACCGUUGUUUCGUGGGUGAAAUCAGAUACUCGACGAUAUCGGCAGUACGUGGCGUUCAGAGUCAAUGAGAUCCUGAGCCUAUCGACGACGGAAGAGUGGCGUUGGUUAGGAACCAAAAUCAACGUUGCGGAUGAAGCCACCAAGUGGGGAAAGGGUCCGAACUGCAAGCCCGACAGCCGAUGGAUUCGUGGACCAGCGUUCCUGUACGACGACGAACAGGAUUGGCCAAAAGACAAGUUUCAAGUGACAGCGAAGGAUACCGAAGAAGAAUUGCGACCGAAAUACGUUUGCAGCCACUACUUAUCAUCUCCGAUCAUCGACGUGUCGCGAUUUUCGAAAUACGAGCGGUUAUUACGAUGCGUCGCGUAUGUUCACCGAUUCUGCGAGAAGCUUCUGCGAAGGAUCAGAAAAGUGACGAGUGAAAAAAAUGAGGACAUCAGCACCGAAGAUUUACAAAACAGACAACCGCUACCUAAAAGCAGUUCGUUAGCGAAUUUGCCACCUCUACUGGACGAGUACGGAUUGAUGCGUGUAGAUGGUAGAAUUGCAGCCGUGGAUUACGUGGAACACGAUACCAAAUUUCCGAUAAUUCUGCCCAAAGCGCAUUCGAUCACUAAUCUCCUACUGGACUGGUAUCACCGCAAGUUCCGGCAUGGGAACAACGAAACGAUAGUGAACGAAAUUCGCCAGCGGUUUUGCGUCCCCAAGCUCAGAACACAGAUUCGAUCUAUUAGUAAACGUUGCCAGUACUGCCGAGUGUACAAAUCUACACCUGUAGACCCAAAGAUGAGCCAAUUACCGCGAUGCCGUACAACACCAUUUCUCCGGCCCUUCACCUUUGUAGGAAUCGACUACUUUGGACCCUACCUUGUGAAAGUUGGACGCAGUGCAGUCAAGCGAGGAGCGCCACAAGAAGUCUAUACGGACAACGGCACAAACUUCAUAGGCGCUAGCAGGGAGUUGGAGAACGAGUUGCGAAAAAUCAACCACACUAUCGGCAGCACCUUUACGGACGCUAACACUAAAUGGCUCUUCAACCCUCCGGCAGCUCCACACAUGGGCGGAUGCUGGGAACGGAUGGUUCGCUCGGUAAAGACUGCACUCGGAACGUUGCCUGUAUCGCAGAAGAUGGACGAUGAGUCGUUCAUGACAUUACAGUGA